CAACACAGGAUGCGAGCAAACCUCUACUAUAGGAAGAAGGAUAUACAUUUCUAAUGACACCCACAUCUUAACUGCACUUGGCUUGUAGGAAUAUCUUCAUUUUCUUUGUGAGAAGUCGCCAUCAAGGAGCCAUAAGGAGAGGAGAACAGAAAAGAAUGGUCGCUCCACUAUCCCUACUUGCCUUUUUGGUAUCUUUUCUUUGUACAUAUGCAAUACCUAAGAAGGAGCAAAGUGAAGCCAUCUGUUCUAAUGAUGCCUGUUACACUGUCUACCUGAGCCAAGAUGUAUAUUCUGAAGCAAGUAAGGAGUGUGUUAAUAAAGGAGGUAACCUUCUGACUAUACACAAUGAAGAAGAAGCCGGCCAUGUUUACAGUUUACUUUGGAAAUUCACCAACACUAUACAGGUUACUGAACCCUUGAAGCUCUGGAUUGGACUAAAGCUGACGUUAAACACGUGUGUUGACCAAGAUAAAGCUUUAAAGGGGUUUUUAUGGAUCACAGAUACUAAAUACUCAACUGAAAGUCAGUUCUCCAACUGGUUGACUGUGCCAAAGAGGACUUGUAUCAAGGAAAGGUGCGUGAGUAUGAAACUUCAGAUGAACUCACCAGAUAACUAUAAAUGGACCGAUGAACUAUGUUCUUCCCGUGCCGAUGGCUUUAUCUGCAAAUUUAACUUUCAAGGCAUGUGCCAGAGGGUUGCUCUUGCUGGCCCAGGACUUGUUGAAUAUGAAACCCCUUUUAGUUUCAGAAGUCCGUCAUUGGACUUAGUUCCCUAUGGCUCUUCAGCUUCUGUGUCUUGUGGUCAUAGUGGGGAACAAACAGGACCUUUGUUAUUGUGUCUGAAAUCAGAUGAAACUAAUGUUUAUCAAUGGCAAAAUUCUGGAGCGGACAAGAAAUUGAACGGACCCUUUUGUGCUUCUGAGGAGCUGGGCUGUAAGUACAAUAAUGGUGGAUGUGAACAUGAAUGUGUAGAAUAUCCACACAACAAAUCCCUCUCAUGUAGAUGCAGAGAUGGCUAUGUGUUAGCCCCCGACCAGGUGUCUUGUGUUUUCCCGGACCACUGCAAGUCUAAUCCAUGUGAGCAAAAAUGUAUAAACCACCAUUCUGGCUUUAAAUGUUUAUGUUCUAGUGGCUUCGAGAUAGCAGAAAACAAAGCACACUGCAUAGAUGUUAAUGAAUGCUUGAAAAGACCUUGCAGCCAGACCUGCAUCAACACUUUAGGAAGUUAUUACUGCCAGUGUGAUACUGGAUUUCAACAGCAAGAAGGUCAAUGCAUUGACAUAGAUGAAUGUAUCAACUCCAAUUGCUCUCAAAGCUGCCUCAAUACACAUGGAUCCUAUAGCUGCUCCUGCAAUGCUGGUUACACCAUUAGCAGUGACAAUACCUCAUGCCUGGAUGUAGAUGAGUGCGCCCAGUCCCCAUGUGCCCACUACUGCCACAAUACGGAUGGAAGUUAUGUCUGCUCUUGUCCGAAGAGAAUGCUAUUAUCGUCUGAUCACAUAUCAUGUAUUCCUGAGCAAAAUGCAGAUGCCUCUACUAGUGGUGAUAUAAAUGAACUGGAACCAGAAGAAGCCACCAGCAGUAUGGUCCACCAAUCUACUCCAAACUUUACAGGUGCCACUAUUGGCCUACAGGAUCAUAGAGAAACAGGACAGAUCAUGCAGUCUACACCUAUGCCACAAGAAACAGACACCUUAUCCGGAAAUAGUUCUGUUAAGCAGGUAACAAGUGGUCAUGAGGGCAGCCAGAACAUAGUGCUGUUAGUCAGUAUACUAUGUGCCUGCGCAGUGUUGGUAGUCAUGACUAUCAUCGGAGGGGUCUUAUGUCACAGAAAGAGAAGUGCAAAGAAAAACCAAACUGAGAAGCCACCGAGUGCAACAGAUAACUACUGCUGGGUCCCAGAUCAAAAGGACGAUAAGUCUGUAAACAAUGACUACAGAUGACAUGACCGCUCAUAUACAUGUACAGUAUACACCCAUUACCAAGCUUUGUUUUAUAGAUAGGGUUUUCUUUUUAUCACAUAUAUGAGUAUUGUGUUUUUUUAUUAUUAUUAUUAUUAGUAACCACUAAAUGCUCGAUGUUUAAGCUUAGCAUCUAUUGUUUGAUGGUAAACUGUUCUUGGUUUUCGAGUUUCAGGUCAAUGAGGCUUUUUUAUUUUAUAAAGAGUUAAAGUUAAGCAACUUUGUAACGUAUUACUUCCAUGAUUUCAUUAAUUUUCAUGAUCUUCUUGGGAACUGAAAUUUUUUGAGGCAGGUUAAAAUAAAAUAAAAAUCUUAAAAAACUCUAUAAUUUACCAUCAUACAAAGAAGGCUUCCCGUUUUGUGAGUUGGUGCAAUAAUAGUUUAGACACUGGAUUUGGUGCCCUACUCCUCAGUAAAGUUACUUGCUCUGUUCAGGAAAGGAAAUCAUUGCUUUCUAUAGGUGUGAGUAGACAGAACGUGUUCAGAGAUGUCACCUGUUCUGUUUUAUUGAAAGUUUUUCAUUAUCAAAUAUUAUGUAUUAGGUGAAGGAUUAGUCAUGUUGUUUUUCUUUUCAGUAGAACAUUGAUUUUAUAAUUGUGUAUGUGAAAUGUUAUAAAUAUGUAUAUAUAUUUCCCCUUUCCUUUAAAUUUUAUGUAUUUAAGAUAUAUAAAAUGAUAUUUUAUCCUAAGGGUAGGGUCACACGUGCCCUAUUUUGCUGCAUAUUUGCUGCUGCAUUUUUUCCUACCCAUUGACGUCUAGGAAAAUACGGGUAGGAAAAUACGCAGCAGCAAAUACUCAGCAAAAUAUAGCACCUGUGACCCUACCCUUAGUGGUGCAUUGCAACUUACACCAGUGUUUCCCAACCAUUGUGCUCCAGAUGCAUCAAAACUACAACUCCCAGUAAGCCCGGAAAGCCAAAGACUGUCUGUGCAUGCUAGGUAUUGUACUUUUGCAAGAGCUGGAGGUACCCUGGUUGGGAAACACACAGAUAAAUUGGAUUCAGUAUAUUAUAAAUAUUUCAGAAUUUUUCAAUAUAUUGGCCUUCAUUUGCUAAACUGACUCUGCCUUGGUUUUAUGUUUUCUUUUGGCACCCAAUUAUUGCGACAUUAUUGUGCCCUUGAUGCGAUACUGUGUGCCAAAAAUCCAUUGACAUCCCAUCUAACCCACCAGGAACUCUACCAAAGGGGUGUGGCUUUAAAUUAGCUUACAACCCUACAUAUUUAUUAACAUUUCUGACCAAAAAAAUUGGCUUUCUGUAGGGAAACUAUCAGAAAAAAAACACACAAUCAGCAACUAACCCACUCAUUUGCUGGAUUAUGUUUUAGAAUGUUAUUAGCUUGUUAAUAUGAUACCUAUUUGUAAUGUGUGUAGAAUUAUUCACUUUUUUAAUGAUAAAAUUCUAUGUGCAAAAGUUUUUAAAAAUUGCUCAAAAUUUAAACUAAAUAGAAAUGUUUAUGAAAUUUCCUCAGUGCCAUCAAUUGUUUUAAGUUGCCAAAUGCUGAAUGAGGAGAAAAGCCGUUUUUAUUUUUAUCGUCAUGUGACACAUUUUUCACUUGCGCAAAUCUGCCCCAAAAUUUCAUGACAAAAGCGACACAUUAGUGAAUAAUGUAGGAAAACCUGACUCUGUUAGGCUGGGUUCACUUAUGUCUGGCAUCUGGUAUAGGUGAACUCAGCCUAGAUCUUGACACAAUUGAUGCCAAACUGAUGACAAGUUGUCAUCUGUUGUACAGGCAAGCUGCAUUCCCCUGUCCAGUGCCCUCCGGUGUGUCCAACCAUCCGGCAUCAAAAUUGAGAUGCUGGAUGAUUGUGAACUGUCCCAUUCAAAUGAAUGGGAUCAGUUCUAGAAUCAGUUUCCCUCCGGUGCUCCGAAUGGAAACUAUUCCGGACGCCUGAUAUAUGUGAACCCAGCCAUAGUAAAUAAGGCCCACUAUUAAUUUCUCAUGGUUUUCAGGAUCUCUACUUUCUACCAGUCGAUAGAAACCUUUAGGCUAUGUUCACACUGCGGAAUGUCCGUGCGAAAUUCUGCACUGACAUUCAGCAGCAGCGUUCCAUUAAUUUCAAUGGUAUUCUACUGCACUGUGCACACUGUGGAAUUUCCGCUGCGGAAAUUUUGAUUCCGAGAUCCGCAGAAAGAAUAGACUUGUGUAUUCUUUCCUCAGAUUUUGCUCAGAAUUGCAUUGCCAUCUAUGAGACAGCGCAUUUCCAUCGGACUUAGCACCAACCUGAUCUUUUAAAUGUGCAGAAUGUCCGUGUUUUCCAGGCCGACAUUCCGCACAUUUUUGGCUGUGUGAACAUGGCCUUUUAGAGCAAUCAGAGCUAUCUGUUGGGCAUUACUGAUUACAGUGCAAUUAUCACAGCUAUGUACGUGUGGGCAUCACUGAUUACAGUGCAUUUUUUAAAGCUGUGUAUUGUAAUGAGGCCCUGGGAACCUGUGUGUCCAUCACAUACCCGAAACAGAUUCUUGACCCUGGAAGUAAACAAUAAAAGGUCCAAUUCAACAACUCCAAGCAGAGAUCUUAAAACUGUGAGGCGUUGAUGCAUAAAAAAGGUUGGAAAAUAGUUUUUAUCAUCCAGUCAAUAAAAUUUAUUUGUCUAGAAUUGGAACUAUGCUUUUGGUUUUUAGGAAAUUUAAAUAGCUUUCUAAAUGAUUCUGGUCCUUUAUUGCAUUUAUAAAAAGACUCUAAAUGCAGCACCAUGAUGGUUGUGUUUUGUGUUUUACAUAGACAUUUUUAUGUUUCAUGAGUUUUGAAAAAUUAAAAAUUUGCUUUUAAGUUCUUGAAUUGUCAAUCUAAGAAUAAAUACC